GCUUACGAGGAAGAAGAUGAAGAAGAAGACGUUAAUGCUGAAGCAAACGCUUUUAUCAAAUGGAAGCAUGAUAAGUUCAAUCGUGCUAAAUUGAUGUCAAUGAAGUACUUUUACUAGGUUAGAGGCUUAUAGUUUGUUGUAUAUAUAUCAUGCAUGAGCCCUGCUCUUUGUUUUACGUUUAUAUACUAUAUAACUAAGCCUCAAUAUUGAUGCAUUAGCUAAAUAAAUUGUAAUCGGUUGUAUUUGUAUUUUCUUUGAUAGUACUAUCGUACCCAAGAUUGAUAUAUGGCAGACUUAUAAUUUUA